GCUACCAGCUCAUCGUCACCGGCGGUCCGGCCGGCGCUAUAUUAGAGAGGUCGUUCGAGUUCUUGCAAAGAUGACACGCCGGCCUCGCCGUCGUUGGAUUAAUUAAUCCUCCAUCACUCUCCCGUUCGUCACGCGGACGAGACGACGCCGUCGGAUCGCCGCCGAUCGAUGUCGAGGCUGCAGCGGUCGUCGGUGUCGUUCCGGCGGCAGGGCUCGUCGGGGCGCAUCUGGGACGACCCGCUGCGGGGCCUCGACAUCAAGGGCCUGUCGACGCCGAGGGCGGGCGCCGUCGUGGCGCCGCUGCACCCCGACGCAAGCAUCCUCGCCGGGGAUCCCUCCCCCCGCGUCGUGUCCCGCUCGCUGAUGCGCCACGGCGGCGGCGGGGGGUUCGGCAGCGUGGGCGCCUCGUCGGCGGCAGGCGGCGUCAUCGUGGAGAGCCAGGCGGCGUCAUCACCGGCGACCGUCGUCGUCGGCGCGAACGGCGAGCGCCACGAGCGGCCCGCGCGGCGGCGGCGGAGGAUCUCCGCCGCGUUCUGCGCCUGCAUGGGGCACCCGCCCGCGUCGCACGCGCAGCAGUAGGGCGCGCACGUGUGGCGCCGCCUGCGGCGGCGAUGGGGAUGUGGCUGGCGCGCGGCGACGUUCUUAUGCAGCAUUUGUGCAUGUGAGAAUUAUUGCACUCGAUGUACUGUAACAUUUUUCUGCUCUUUUCUGUGGGUUGAGAUCGUAGCACCAUGUGCACUAUUGCACGCGUGCUUUAAUUUUGUGUAGGCUGACGAGUUGAGAAAGAAAACUUGUAUGCCAACAAAUAGACUUACGAUGAUGAAGUGUGUUGGCCACAAACCCAUUCGAAUUUCUUAACAUGUGAUUGUGAUACAUCCA